CGCAGCGGCUGCGUACAACCGACUGCGCCGCGACAACUACAACACGAACCAGCUUUCUGCCAAUGUAGGCAACAGCGCCGGGAUCCGUAUUGUUUGUUUCUAUUGCCACGGGACUGUCAACGUGGCUGGAAAGGGAGUCUGCAAGACGUCAGACAAUCUAGUGAGCUGCCUACCUAGACAGCUUUUUUUUGGCGUCAUACCGCGUUCGUGCGCGCUCCGGGCAGCAUUAAUCUACCGUCGCUGUCCACACACACAUGUACAGUAUGUGUGAACGUGCGGAGAAGUUGGAGAUGUCACUCUAAAUCGUCUGGGCACGACUUCAAACCAUUUUCUAUGGAUCCAUUGAUCAUCUUCUCAGUCCACAAGGCUCAUUUCUGCGAGCACAUCUGAGUCCUGCAAGCAGAUCACACCAGAAUUGUUUCCAUCAUGAGACUGGUAUUAAAGUACCUGGAUAAGAUGAGGUGUUUCCGAAAACGGUCCACCAUUCCUUUUCUGGUGGCUCUCAUUACCUUCCUGCUCUUCAUAAACCUCUACAUCGAGGACGGCUACGUGCUGGAGGAAGAUAAACGUCAGCUGCGAGAAACCUCAAUGCAUCCGCUGAACUCAGAGCGAUAUGUUCAUACCUUUAAAGAUAUCACCAAUUUUUCUGGAACAAUCAAUGUGACUUAUCGGUACCUCGCAGGAACACCUUUACCCAGAAAGAAGUAUCUCACCAUUGGAUUGUCAUCUGUGAAAAGAAAACGAGGAAAUUACCUGUUGGAGACCAUUAAGUCUAUUUUCGACCAGUCGAGCUACGAGGAGCUCAAAGAGAUCAUUGUUGUUGUCCACCUGGCAGACUUCGACCUCGCGUGGUGUGAGAGUCUAGUUCAAGAAAUCUCCAGAAAGUUCGGCCACCAUAUCAUUGCAGGACGGCUGCUUGUAAUCCAUGCACCUGAGGAGUACUACCCAUCCCUGGAUGGUUUGAAGAGAAAUUACAAUGAUCCAGAGGAUAGAGUUCGCUUCAGGUCCAAACAAAAUGUAGAUUACGCCUUUCUGCUCAACUUCUGCACCAAUCUAUCAGACUUCUACAUGAUGCUGGAGGACGAUGUGCGCUGCUCCCGAAACUUCCUCACCGCCCUGAAGAAAGUGGUGGCGUCACGGGAGGGUUCAUACUGGGUGAUGCUGGAGUUCUCCAAACUGGGCUACAUAGGAAAGCUAUACCACUCGCGAGACCUUCCCAGACUUGCUCAUUUUCUGCUCAUGUUUUAUCAGGAGAUGCCUUGCGAUUGGCUUCUUAUCCAUUUCCGAGGCCUCCUGGCCCAGAAGGAUGCGAUUCGCUUCAAACCUUCGCUUUUUCAACACAUGGGCUACUAUUCCUCGUAUAAGGGGGCAGAAAACAAACUCAAGGAUGAUGACUUUGAGGAAGACUCCUUGGAUAUCCCAGACAACCCACCUGCUAGUUUGUACACAAAUAUAAAUGUAUUUGAGAGCUAUGAUGCUGCCAAAGCUUACAGUAGCGUGGAUGAGUACUUUUGGGGCAAGGCACCAUCCACCGGGGACUUUUAUGUUAUAGUAUUCAACAAGGCAACAAAAAUCAGUAAAAUCAAGAUCAUCACGGGAACCGAUGAUCGCCAGAAUGAUAUUCUGCAUCACGGCGCUUUGGAAGUAGGAGAGAAAUUAAUAGGAACCAAAAAGGGAAGGCAGUGCUCCUCCUAUAUAACUUUAGGGGAGUUCAAAAAUGGAAACAUUGAGGUUCACGAUGUGGACCACAAGAUAGCGUUUGAUAUCGAGUGCGUUCGCAUUGUGGUAACGGCCAAUCAGAAGGAAUGGCUUAUCAUUAGAAGUAUAAGCCUCUGGACUACACAAGGUGCCAGUCAAUGAAGACUUUUUCAAACGUAGCGAAAGGCACAAGCAUAUGUUUAUUUAUCUAUUUAUUUAUUCUGAUUCCUAAAUUAUUUAUUCACUCUUACCUGAGAGAUCUUUAUUUAUUCAUCCGACUUAUUUAAAGGCACAUUUUAAGGCAGUACAGGAUCAAUAAUACAUCUUAGGCAUUUCUGACAGUUUUGACAUUCUGACAUCAAAUAUUCACACAAUAAAGACUUUAUAUACUGUAUGUACAUGUUAGUGAUGCACGAUACAUCAACAGCCAUAGUAUUAAUGUUAUCAUUACAGGGCAAUGAAUUAUGGAUUAUUUCAAA